UGCUAUCUUUUAUGGAAUGCAUGCACAUGCUUCCUUUAGCAUUUUCUCUUAUUGUUAGUACAUUUAUAAGAAUAAGAGCAUUAGUAGUACUGCUCUUGUUACCUAUUAGCAACACUAAUAUGAAAGUAUGUGAGAUCUGUUACAAAUGUUUCUCCAAUGGCAAAGCCUUGGGUGGCCACAUGAGAUCUCACAUGGUAAAACUUGCUCUUCCUCGCCCAUCUAGGUCCAAGUCUCGGUCCAAGUCUCGGUCUAAGUCUCGGUCUGCAUCCUCGGAAAGUGAGACUGAGAGUGAUGACUCGUCCUAUAAGGGCAAGAAGAAGGGUAAGGUGAGAUCCAAAAGGGGUGACCAUGAUGACUAUAUUCUAUCGGUACAAGAUGCUGCAAUGUUAUUGGUAUCCCUUUCUAAGGAGAGAUGGUGUAGAGGAGAAGAGAAGGUUUCAACAUCUAAAUCUAAUUCAGUAAUCAAAUCAGUAUUCAAAUGUGGUACAUGUAGAAAGGAAUUUAGUUCUUAUCAAGCUCUUGGUGGACACAAAGCAAAUCAUAAAAAAAUCAAGAAGUAUAAUCACAUGGAGGACGAAUUUGAAAAUGAUCAAGAUAAAUAUGGGGAGGAUGAAGAUGUGGUAGAGGAGGAGGAUGAAGAAAAUAGUACAACAGUAGAGGAGGAGUCUAAAAUGAAAAAAGUUUUUCAUUGUUCGUUGUGUCCAAGAGUUUUCAAUUCUGGUCAAGCGCUCGGUGGACACAAAAAGGUUCAUUAUUCAAAUAAUUUAGAUUCUACUACAAGUAGAAAGAUUAAAUUGAUGAUAGAUCUUAAUCAAUUUCCUUUAGAAGUUGAAUGAUAUGUUUAGAAAUGAAAGUUAUUUCAUUUUUUUUUUUCAGUUAAAUAAUUUAUUACUGAUAUUUUGAGUAAUAUUUUCAAUUAUGUUA